CACAUUUUAAGAGUGAACGUGAUGGAGGUUUAAAGAGAAGAAUCGAACUUUCUGGAAGUUAGCGUUGAAGAUCUCAGCUGCACCUGCUAAUCGCAACAGAGCAAGAGUUCACCCAAAAAUCACAUGAUGUGCUGAAAAAAUACCAACAAUAACAGCAGUUGGAGGCUGUGAGCAGAGACAGGGAUCGGAGGCAGUAGCGGGUAAGCGGAGAGGAGUCAGAAGAGAACCUUGGAAACACCAGGCAGACGCAGACCCUACUCAGUCAUGCGUCCCAGGUCCAGAUUACUGGCUAAACGGGGUCUUCCCACCAUCAGGGAGGGUUAUGAGGAACUGGUGCAAGACCUAAACCAGACCAACAGUCAGCACACUACCACACAGGACUACUUCCUCUCCAUCUGCCACCUGGCCCGGCCCACCUUCCCUCUCCAUGAGCCCGACUAUGACAUCCUCUCCAUCGGCCCCCUGGACUCCCCAAAGCCCUGCCUACGACUACAACGCCUGCGUCAGCAUCUGCAACCUCCCCAGGCCCACACCUCCACAAGCGAUGUUCAGCAAUCUCAGAAAGAGAAAGAAAUCAGAUGUGCUCCAUCAGAACCCAUGCAGCCUUCUGACGUGGACAAUGGAUGCAGAAGUGACACCCCAGGCCCCACUGAUCCACUUGAGUACCUCUACAGCCACAGAGGUGCAUUAGCUUCCUCCACCACAAAGGGCAGCAUUCCCCCGUGCCGACCACGUUGUGACACCUUCCCAUGCUUCUCCUCGGCACCUGACACCCAGCGUAAGAGCAGCUGCCCUGAGCUCUGCCUGGCUGAUGUGGUCACUGUGGCUACAGUGACUGCAGCGAAAGUCACUACGGCGACAGUCCUACAGCGGUCACCGCUUAACAGGAAGAAGCUGGAUGAUGGUACCCAGGCCGCACAUAGUGGCGCUCCCAACAAGCUUGACGGCUCCCCUGCUGGUUGGAGAGGGAAGAGGACCCGCUGUAUGGACAAACAGACCAUAGUGUCCCACUGGAUUGCCGAGUGCCGCAGUGUGUGGAAGGAGGCCCGCAUUCGUGCGUGCAUGCUCCCCGCCAUUGCCGAGAAAUAAUCUACGCCCGCAAAAAUCCCUUUCUGGUGAAGCUGAACAGGACAGGGAGACAUCAAGUAGAGAAUAAUUAUGAAAUAUUACUUUGCACUUCGGGUUUAUAUGCAUAUACACUUUUGUUGUAUUUCUUAACCAGUGACCCUAUGGUGCCGUUGAUUCCACACCGUAGAGUUACAAUGAAUGUCUAUGAUAAGACUGAGUCAGUGAUGUCCAGUCGUGAUCACGCAUUGAUUGUUGGAUGCCUUUAACACAGUUAAGUCUGACUUAAAAAAGUAAAGACAAUGGGCAGGUUUCACAGACAAGGCUUAAGGCUAGUCACAGACUGAAAUGAAUGUGUGACCUUCUCUAAACUGAAUGUAAAUUGCCCAGAUAUAUCUUAAAACAUGUCAGUGCCAUCGUUUUGUCACAAGAUGCUUACCAGUAAUGUAUUCUUUCAAGGCAAUUGUAUAAACGCGACAUAAAUAUCUUUAUUAAACUAAGCCAUAGUCCUGGCUUAAGCUAAACCAUGUCUGUGAAACCGGGCCAAUGUGUCAUUCCAGUUCCAGUUCUUACAAAGAAUCCUCAAUCCAAUAUAAUUUAGAGGUUAACUGUCCAGUGGUGAAGCAAAUUUACUUUAUCUCCAGAAUAACAUUUAUUGUAUUUGGGAAUCUUUAUGGUUUGGAAAUUGGACUAUAGGGUUUGGUAAGUAUCCCCUACUCUUCACCACAGACACCUUUAGAUCGUUUAGUUAAAAGGUAAUUAAAUGCAGAAAUUAACAUAAUGGCCAAAGGAAGCAUCCUUCAAUAUAACCAAGGACUGGUCCCAAAUCUUUGUUAUGCGCUAUAAUAAUUCACUGCCACAGCAAUAUUAUACAGAUAAAUUGAAAAAGCCUUUAUGGUCAUGUUAUCCAGUUUAUCAAACAGAGCUUGGUCUAACAGUUCAAAGCAGAAAUAACAGCUUUAGAUAUUAAGAAGGACAAACAUGGGCUGCGUUUCCCAAAAGCAUCGCAAAGUUGAUCUUAUAACCAUUGUCACCAAUGAAGCUACCAUCAACAUAGGUGCUUUUGAGAAACGCAGCCAUGAUAACAUUUCCUGGAAAGGAAUUACAUCAGUUCAAAACAGAUGGAAAAUCGCCUCAUUUUAUAUUUGGAUUUGACAACAUGGAUCUACACUGUUAUCACCAUUAGACUGUUUGUAAACACCCCAAAAUCUAGUGUGCCUGUAGUGGUUUGGUGUUUCAGUAUUUUUAAAGAAUCUUACGGUCAAAAGAUGAAUUAGUAAGGUUGCAUGUGACUUUAUAAAUUAUUUUGUAUUCAUGCAUAAAAAAAUCUUUAAAUUAUAAUAAUUAUUAUUAUGGAGCAAACUGUAUAUAACACUGUAUGAGUAAUGCAAAUCUGUUGUUUGUACAUUUUCAACAGCCUUGUACUUUUCCCCACUUUUCUAAAUAAAUAAAAUGUCUGUGUAUUAAGGGUA